AUGACAAGCCUACGAAAAACACACCCCCUUAUUAAAAUAGCCAACAGCGCAUUAGUUGACCUACCAGCACCAUCCAACAUUUCAACAUGAUGAAACUUUGGGUCCCUACUAGGAUUAUGCCUAAUUACCCAAAUUCUAACCGGCCUAUUCCUAGCCAUACAUUACACCUCGGAUAUUUCAACUGCAUUCUCAUCAGUAACCCACAUUUGCCGAGAUGUCAACUACGGCUGACUAAUCCGAAACAUCCACGCCAACGGAGCAUCAUUCUUCUUCAUUUGCAUUUAUAUACACAUUGCCCGAGGCCUAUAUUACGGAUCAUAUCUUUAUAAAGAAACCUGAAACAUCGGCGUAGUCCUUCUACUGCUAGUUAUAAUAACAGCCUUUGUCGGCUAUGUACUACCAUGAGGACAAAUAUCUUUCUGAGGGGCCACAGUAAUCACAAACCUCCUAUCCGCCGUGCCAUAUAUAGGAAAUAUGCUAGUCCAAUGAAUCUGAGGCGGAUUUUCAGUAGAUAACGCAACACUAACACGAUUCUUCGCAUUCCACUUCCUAUUACCAUUUAUUAUUGCCGCUGCAACCAUCCUCCACCUCCUAUUCCUCCACGAAACAGGAUCAAACAACCCAAUAGGACUAAACUCAGAUGCAGACAAAAUUUCUUUCCACCCAUAUUUCACGUAUAAAGAUCUCCUGGGAUUCGUAAUCAUGUUAUUAGCUCUAACACUACUAGCGUUAUUUUCCCCUAAUAUACUAGGGGACCCAGAAAACUUCACCCCCGCCAACCCUUUAGUUACCCCCCCACACAUUAAACCAGAAUGAUACUUCUUAUUUGCCUAUGCCAUUCUACGAUCAAUUCCAAACAAACUCGGAGGUGUCCUUGCACUGCUAUUUUCUAUCCUAGUAUUAAUACUCGUGCCACUAUUACACACCUCAAAGCAACGAGGACUAACAUUCCGCCCAAUUACCCAGUUCCUAUUCUGAAGUCUAGUAGCAGACAUAGUUAUCUUAACAUGGAUUGGAGGCAUACCAGUAGAACACCCAUUCAUCAUCAUUGGACAAAUCGCAUCCGUAUUAUAUUUCGCACUAUUCCUCAUUCUCAUACCACUAACGGGAUGAUUAGAAAAUAAAGCACUACAACUAGCUU